AUGGCUCCGAAGGAGAUGGAAGAACUAAAGUCCCAGCUAGAAGAAUUGUUGGAUAAGGGUUAUGUUCAACCUAGUGUUUCGCCUUGGGGCGCUCCAGUUUUGUUUGUAAGGAAGAAAGAUGGUAGUCUGAGGUUAUGCAUCGACUACCGGGAGUUAAACAAGGACCGUAAGGUGAUUGCGUACGCAUCACGACAAUUGAAAGUACAUGAAGUUAAUUAUCCUACCCAUGAUCUGGAGUUAGCUGCUAUAGUGUUUGCUCUCAAAAUAUGGCGACAUUACUUGUAUGGUGUCGAAUGUAAGAUCUACAGUGAUCAUCAGAGUUUGAAGUAUCUCUACACUCAGCCUGAUUUGAACAUGCGACAACCCGAUGCGUUGAGUAGGAAGUCUAAUCCCUCAUUGUCCGCCUUAGACGGAGUUGAAGAGUUACAUCGGGAUUUUGCCAGAUUAAAUUUGGAAAUGGAUAAAGACCCGAAACUUUUAAAGUUAAAGGAACAGGCACGGGAAGGAAAAGUAGAGGGAUUCUUUGUUCAGGAAGAUGGAAGUUUGAGGUUCAAGGGUCGCUGGUGUUUACCAACAGGGGAGGAAUCUUUAAAGGAAUGUAUCUUGGAUGAGGCCCAUUGUACGAAAUUUUAA